AUCUAUGCUCCCCCUAGUCCGAAUUUCCAACGCCAUCUUUCUUAGCAUGGUAGUGAAAUAAAUUUGGCUAUCUUAAAAUCGGCACAAAAUGACUGACGGAGGCUUUUUUCGGUUAGUAAACAGCUUCUACGGCAACACGACAGCCUGGAACGUUUAUGCGGCGACGCGUUCUUUGUUUUGUAGGCAGUUUAUAAGGAAAGCGAUAGAAACUGCUAGUAUUAUUUACUGUGUACACGGUGAUUUUGGAAAUUUAUUUCCGCUCUAGGAUUGUUAAUCACUUCAUUAAAAGAAAGCGGACCAACACACGCUCUAACCAUGAUGUAUACUGGGACCUCCGCGGAGCAGGACAACCGCUUCAGUGACAAAGAAAAGAAACUUCUGAAGCAGAUGAAAUUUGGUGAUUGUUUGAGCCGAAAGGUGGACAUGUCUAAAGUGAAGCUGGAUGUCAUCAAACCAUGGAUUGCCCAGAAGAUCACAGAUAUUCUUGGAAUGGAGGACGAUGUCGUGGUGGAAUUCGUGUUUAACCAGUUGGAAGCUGAGAAGCACCCGGACCCUAAGAAGAUGCAGAUCAACCUGACAGGCUUCUUGAAUGGGAAGAAUGCCCGAAUCUUCAUGUCUGAGCUGUGGGAGCUGCUUCUGUCAGCACAAGACUCAGUGAGUGGCAUCCCUGGGCAGUUCUUGGAGCAGAAGAAGGAAGAAAUAAAGAAAAGAAUGGAGGAACAAGAUCGAAUUCAAGAAGCCUUGAAGAACAAGUUGGAGAAGGGAAAAGAAAGAGAAGAAGCAAAAGACCGGAAAAGAGAGAGGGAAAGAGAACGUGACAGAGAUAGGAAAAGAAGUCGUUCAAGAGAUCGGCAUAGAGACAGAGAUCGUGAUCGAGAAAAGGACAGGCGAGAUCGAGACCGAGAAAAGGAUCGUGAUAGAGAUAAGGAUCGUGAAAAGGAAAAGGAAAAAGAGAAGGAUGACAAAAAGGACAGAGAAAAGGACAAGGAUCGAAAAGAAAAGGAGAAUAGUGUGCGGUCACCGUCCAAGUCACCUAGGAGAUCAGCAACUCCUCAAAGGCAAGCUGAGAAGACCGACAAUAAAGAUGAGCGGAACAACAAUGAAAGGCAUUCAUCCUCCUCACCAGAACCCCGUGCGGAGGAGAAAAAGAAGCAGGAGAAUUCAAAAGGGUCAGCAAAGAAAUCUCCUGAACCUGAUGGGAAGGAUCAUAAGAAGAAAGCUUCAAGAUCCCCUUCUCGAUCAGCUUCACGUAGUUCCUCAUCUUCCAGUGAAGAGCGCUCUUCAAAGAGCAAAGGGAAAACUGCUGCAAAAACAAAUCAACACAGAUCUCAGUCUCGCUCUAGGUCACGUUCAAAUACUCCUGCUAAGUCACAGUCUCACUCUCCCAAGCGAAGGUCUCAUUCUCCAGCCAAGCGGAGAUCAGCCUCACGUUCUCCUGCCAAAGUGAUUAACAAGAAUGAAAGGAAGCGGUCACGAAGCUCUGGGACUCAAAGUAGCCGAUCUGCAUCAUCUUCCUCAGAAAGCUCAGAGAAAGGAAGAGGAAAAGAUGACGACUUUGAAAUUCACAAAAAAGAAGAUAGUGUCCAGAAAAAACGUCAUUAUCGUAGUAAUAAUAAAGGUGAUUCCUCAGCUAGUGAAUCCGAGCCAGAACGUGAUGUUAAAAAGGAUCGAAAACUUAGAUCUAGUUCCCGUUCUCCUUACCGAGGCAGGCACCACAGAGGUGCCAGCAGGGACAGAGAUAGAGACAGGGAGAGAGAAAGAGAACGAGAUCGAGAACGAGACAGGAGGGCUAGGUAUCGCCGUUCUCCAGAAAGGGAUCGUGAUCGACACCGCAUGAGAGACCGUGAUAGAGAAAGAGACCGUGAUAGAGAGCGUGAUAGAGACAGAGAACGUGACCGGGAACGUGAAAGGGAGAGAGAAAGAGAGAGAGAAAGACAUCGAAUGCCUCCACCUUCUUCCAGAAGACAUUCCUCAAGGAGGAGAAGUCCAAGAAGAAGUCCGAUUCGGAGUCAUAGACGAUCAGCCUCUCCUCGUCCUGCACGAUCCAGUCGUGGUCUCUCACCUGAACGAAGACGUCCUUCACCUAUACGUGAUGAAAAGCGAAAGAAACCUCCAGCAAGAUCGGAAUCAAGGAGUGUCUCUCCUCCUCGUGGCAAACAGAAGUUUUCUCGCAGCUUGUCUCGUACACCAUCUCCCUUUCGGAAAACUGAGGACAAAGAAAAAGAGACCAACAGUUCUGAGAAGAGGAUAAGUAAAUCAAAGUCAAGAAGGUCUCCAUCAGAACACAAUGAGGAUAAUGAAAUACUUAAGGAGAGCUCCAAAAGGAAAGUUCACAAUUCACGAUCUCGCUCACCUGAUAGGAGCAAAUCAAAAGGCAGAGAGCGAUCUUCUGAAUCACAGCCAGUUGAGAAAAAUUAUAAGAAAUCAUCUGCUGUGUCUCCUGCUGCAUCUCGUGAAGACAUACAUGAAAAAUCAUCAGGAAGGAGCAAGUCGGAAAGAGAUGAUGUCUCCCCUAUUAGAGACACUAAAGGAAUUGACAAGUGUUUUGCCCAAAAUGAAAAUAUAACCGUGACAGAGAAGAUUUCACGAUCAAGCAAAAAAACGGCUGAGUCACACCAGCUACACUUACAAGGAGAAAAAACACCUGAUGACAAGAAGCAGCGUAAAGUCUCAAGUUCUGAUCACCUUCUUCCCAAGAGAAGAAUCAGAAGACAAACAGAGUCGAGGGACAAAAACACGAAACGUCAGAAAUCAGAAGAAUCGAAGAGGAGCAACGCUGAGAAGGUUGUGAAAGAAAAACGACGUGCCUCCGUUUCAGAAGAUGAAGUAAAAGUGAAGAAGAAGAAAAGAAGAAGCAGCGGGAAACUUCCAGACAGUGAAGCUGAAGUAGAAGGCAAGAAAAAGAAGAAAGAGAAAAAACACAAAAAGCACAAGAAACACAAAAAACAUAAGAAACAUAAGAAGCGUAAAGUUGAAGAAAGUGAGGACUCGGAUGUCAGUGAGACUGAGAACACAGAGGAGCUGGAGAAGCAACUACGGGAACGUGCUCUGAAAUCCAUGAAGCGGGGGGAACGGGUUGCAAGUGACCACAGUGAUGACAGCAAAUGACCCUUAAAUCCUAACCAGUGUGGUAAAAUUGUGAUGUAGAAUGUGUGAACAAGGUGUCUGUGGAGAGAGUUCUUCGAUAAUAGGUUUUUGACAGGUGGUUGAACACUGAGUGCAUUAUUUCAAAGUUAGUCAGUAGAGUUCGGUUCUAUUAAAGGCACUGUUGAAGCAAUUGUGGGUUGGGAAGGAGACGUUGCUGUACAUUGCAGGAAGUAUUGUAAUGCUGUGUAUUUUGUGAUUUACGAGGUAUUUACCCUUUAGCGGUGGUUUCUUACUGGUACCAAGAGUAAAGUCAUAUAAAUAAUUAUUAUGUUCUUCAUGUGGUUGCAAUAAAAUACAUGAACCAAAUGAUUAAGGAUAGUUCUUUACAAUUUUCUCAUUUCUUUGAUGUCCUUUCUUGUGCAUUGAAUAAUAGUAAAAAUCUUGAUUUUGUUUACAUCGACAAUAAAUGUUACUCUGAAGGAAACUUAUUCACACUUCAUGUUUAUAGUAUUACAUUUGUUUCCCUCUUAUCAUUAUGUAUGCCUUCUUUUAAUAUUCGUUUUCAUUUACUUUUUUUGAAAUAGAUUCUACUGCCCAAGUCUUUGAGAUAUCCUUGAUUGUAUGGUUUCUAAUUACUUUUAAUGUUGUAAAUUACUGACCUAGUUUGGUUUUUAAUCUUUGUAUAUUGUAUUUUUGAGAGAGAAAAAACAAACUUAUAAUGACCUGUUAUUGGAACUAAUUUUGAAGGUUGUUUCAACUGUUGGAACACAAUACUAGGCGCCAUAUUACUUCUUAGAAAGUACCCAUAUUUGUGUUCUUUUUGCUAGGUUUAGAUAUAUCAAAAAAACAAAACUAGCAUUGUUUAUGUUGCUCUUGCCCAACUUGAUGUGCUGUCACUUGCACUUUUUCAGAGCGUGUGAAUAAAAUGAUAAAAUGUUUUGUUUCAGGUUAAUUCGUCAUAGAAUGUCAAGAGUUUUAAAUAUACUUUGGUGUGAAGUGAUUAAUCUUCAUUAUGUGAAAGAAUGGGAGUUAACUGUUUGUACAAAUUUGAUCGGUUUACUAUGAUUCUUAGUGUAAUUACUCUUUGAUUACUGACGAGCCUAUAUUUUUAUUAUCAAAAUUUCAAUACCAAAUAGUGAUUGUGACUUACUAAUUUGAAUGGCAGUUGUAUUAGAGAUCGAGACUAACUGAGCUCAUUCUUUGUUUUGUAUUAGCAGUGAAAUGGGGCCCUAAUGAUGGUAUGUAUUAUCUUCUAUAUACACAUUGUUGUUAAUCAUUUUUAGGUCAAGGGCCACCAGUAAAGUAGAUGAUGUUUCAAAAGAUUGGAAUAUUAAAAAUUAUUCAACCAGAACAUUGGCAUUGGUGCAAGCUAUUUUGUAAUAAGUCUGCAGCUAAUGGAUUGAACAUUGAACUAGUUGGUAUUAGCAACUAGGGAUGUAUAAACUUUGACUAUUUGUUGAAUUCAUUCUCUAGAAGGGCAUUCCCACAUAAUUUGUAUGUAUUUGUUUAUUGAUAAUGUUCAUAGCCGUUUUUAAUUCUGUUUAUGUGAGCAUUUGCAUUAAGUUUUCAUUUCUUUUUCUGCUGUUGCUUCCUCAUUACUUUGUUGGCAUUGAGCGUGCUUUUCAGUCUUGUGAUGAAUACUGUUCAUUUUUCAUUAAAAUCCGUAAAAUCUGGAAAUUGGAUUUUAGCCAUGGACACAUGAAGAAUUUUAGGUGAAAUAAAUUUUUUUCGUUGAAUAAUGUGUUUUUUUUUUAUUUUUACCUUUUUUGUUCAAUGGUCUGUAUGAAUAUACAUGUGUUAAAACGUUAGCUGCAGGUUAUAUACUUUUAAAAUUGUCUAUUUGUAAAUUGCUAGAAAAUUUGUGAUUUUCAUCUGACGGACAUUUUAGUUACGUAUGUUGGCACAACUGACCCACCUGUUGGUAUGGUUAUGGCGGUGAUCAGAAGAGCGCGUUGAGUUCCGCGAGUUGGACGUCUUAUAUUCGAGGAAACUCGUGCUUCGGUGUGCUAGUGUGUAUAUCUCCUGUGUUUUCGAACAUUCAGAUUUUAUUUACAGUUAUGAAUGAAUUUACACUAGUCCCAAGGGAGGCUUUCCGGUCUGUGGUGAGU